CAGUUAAUGAUUGCAGUGAAGCAGGAGUAAGGAGAAAUAUAAGAGCAUAUGGAAGAAACCGGAAGACUUGGGCUAAGUUGCAAAUAAGAUGACAGAUGGACGCUUACAAUUUGGGAGUAAGAGUUGAGAAGGCACGUGUCUGGUGCCUGUACACAUUCCCAGAGAAAUAUAACAGAGAGGCUGACGUUAUUGGGAGAGCGACCCACAAGAGCUGUCUCCUGCACUGAGAAGCAAACCCAGACGUUGCUGCAGUUCUGCUCAGAAUUGAACAAGAGGCAAUGAAAUCUCUGGUUGCAGAAAACUUAGAAGAGUGCCUGCUGGGUAAGGUGGACUUGAGGCGCCAGCAGGUUUCCCAGGCUGUGGAGGAGGUGCAGAAAGUCAUCUACUGUCUGACCACCAAAAUCAGCAGCCAGGACGUCCGGUUCCAAGCUGUCCCUUACUCCUUCACAUACAACGAGAACAUUAAGGUUUUGGCCCCCAGCCAGUUCCUUGUCACAGUCCCAGUGAGAGGCCUGGCCGGGUACAGGGAGGCCAGGGAGCAGCGCUGGCGGUACUACACGUUGCAGGGCGCCAGGCUCCCCUGCCCCUUGCGGGACCCGGACGGCCUGCAGCAGUGGCUGGAGGUGCAGCAGUUUAUGAAGAGCCUGUGGCAGUGGCACGAGGCAGAUGUGAACAUCGAGGGAGACAUUGUGCCCGCCAAGGUCCUCCAGGUGUUCCGGACACUGGUGGAAAACGCAAUUGAAGCCUGUCACCUGUCAGGAAAGGUCAGCGUGCUAAAAAACAGCACUGCAGUUUGGGUUGCCAUGGAAACAGCCGGAGGUCAGGUGGAGAUAGAGCUGGCCCCCGGAGUGGAGAUCCCCACCGCGUGGUCCAAGAAAGCCCGGUGGCCUCGGUGUCUGACGCGCUGGCCCUCCCCAGAGAGAGUGAAGUGCAUCAAGUCAUUCGGAUUUACCCUGUUGGCCCGUUCCAAUUACCACUGGCAGCUGAGCUUCCUGCAGGCCGAGCAGGUGCUGCUGGAGCAGAUGGACGAAGAUGGGGGCUGCCGCCGGAAGUGCUUCCAGGCGCUGAGGCAGAUGAAGGAGGACGUCUGGUGUCCGGGGAAGAGGCCUGUUCUCACGUCCUACCAUCUGCAGACAGUGCUCUUUUGGACUUGUGAGAAGUACCCCCACUCGAAGGACUGGCAGGUCUUCAGCAAAGGCUUCCUGCGCCUGGCAAGGAAGCUGCACAGGUGUGUAAGCCAGCACUUUCUGAAGCACUUCUUCGUGCGAAGCAGCAACCUCCUGCAGCACGCCAGUGCGGCCGAGCUGGAUGCUGUGGCCCAGAAGCUGGCCUUCUUCCUCAAGGACCCCCAGAUCAGCCUGCCCUGAGGCUGUGCCAGCCGGGGGGCUCUCAGACAUCCCACCUGGCUUGACUUCUGUGCAUUGUUCCAGUCAGAUGGCAGGUUCCUGCCGAGGACAGAAGCUACAUAAGGCUGAGGAAUUUUUAUCAGCCUAGGAGUGCGUCAGAGGGAAACGCAGCCUCAGGUGUCUGUGUGGCCUCCCUGGAGCUGAGCAGGCAUUUCAGCCCUUGCUAGCUACCUCUCUUGGGGACAGCUCUCAUCACGCUUCCCCAAGCCACAGAUUGCAGACUGAUGACAGUUCUGAGUGUAUUUUCCCUUGCUCAGGAGCUGAGGAUGGAGACAGAGCCCCUGGAAGGCCAGGGGUCAGCCUGCCGCCUGGCCGUGGCCCUCCGGCCUGUGGAGCAAGGGGCCGUUGUUUUUCCAUUUGUAAAAUGGGACUGUGAACAUGCCUCCCUGCAGGCAGGGCUGUGCAUCCGCAGGGCUGUGCUGGGGCCCUUUCUAGGAGAGGGCACUGGAGGAACACAAAGUGUUGCUGGUUGUUUUAGGAGCCAGGUUUGCGUCCUGGAUCAGGACCUACCCACUGAUUAAAUG